GAAGAAGAAAAGGGGACGACAACAACAUGGCUGMCACUGCAUCCCGACACUACGGAGAAGGAAGCAGAGCAACAAAAAGACAGAAAACUGAGGACGGAGGAAUGACAACGGAAAGUUAYGAAAACCGCCACAAACCACUGGCAUCUCCCGUGGUGCACAUAAGGGGAUUGGUUGACGGUGUAAUGGAGGCUGACAUUGUGGAGGCUCUGCAGGAGUUUGGAACCAUCAGUUAUGUGGUUAUGAUGCCAAAGAAAAGACAGGCUCUGGUGGAGUAUGAGGACCUGAAUGGCUCCUGUAAUGCUGUCUCAUUUGCAGCUGAGAACCAGGUUUACAUUGCUGGACACCCUGCAUUUAUUAAUUACUCCACCAGUCAAAAGAUUUCUCGACCAGGAGAUUCAGACGACACCAGAAGUGUCAACAGUGUGCUGCUGCUCACGAUCUUAAACCCCAUCUAUCCUAUCACCACGGAUGUGCUCUACACCAUUUGUAACAACUGUGGUCCUGUACAGAGGAUUGUCAUCUUCAGAAAGAAUGGUGUCCAGGCAAUGGUUGAAUUUGAUUCAGUUCAAAGUGCUCAGAGAGCAAAAGCCUCUUUGAAUGGAGCAGACAUCUAUUCUGGCUGUUGUUCUCUAAAGAUUGAAUAUGCCAAGCCUGCACGCCUUAAUGUCUUUAAGAAUGACCAAGAUACAUGGGACUACACAAACCUGAGUGGUCAAGAUGCAGAUGGUGAAGGCAAUUGGAACAAUUCACAAGAUCCCAACGCCAAUUCUAACAAACGCCAGAGGCAGCCAGCCCUUCUAGGAGACCACCCACCUGAUUAUGGUGGWCCACAGGGAGGCUAUCACGGCUACAAUGAUGACACCUAUGGCCCACUUCUUCCCCAUCGCAUGGGACCUGGUGUGGGUGGCCGUGGACGGGGUAGCCAGAGGUAUGGUGCUGGUUAUGGACCACCCCUUCCUGAGUAYGGUCCCCAUGCUGACUCCCCAGUUCUUAUGGUGUAUGGCUUGGAGCCCUCUAAGAUCAAUGCUGACCGAGUCUUCAACAUCUUUUGCCUCUUUGGCAAUGUAGAGAGGGUGAAGUUCAUGAAAAGUAAACCUGGAGCAGCAAUGGUGGAGAUGGGAGACUGUUACUCUGUGGACAGGGCCAUUACUCACCUCAAUAACACCUUCCUCUUUGGACAGAAACUUAAUGUUUGUGUGUCCAAGCAGCAGGCCAUAGUACCAGGGCAGUGCUAUCAGUUAGAGGAUAACACCAGCAGUUUCAAAGACUUCCAUGGAUCUCGCAACAACCGCUUUACUUCUCCAGAGCAAGCAGCUAAAAACCGAAUCCAGCAUCCCAGCAACGUUCUGCAUUUCUUUAAUGCCCAGCCAGAAAUCACUGCAGAGGCGUUUUCCCAGAUUUGUGAUGAACUGGGGAUUAAGAGUCCUGUUGAUGUAAAACUUUUUACUGGAAAGAGUGA